UAGUAUUUAGUGGUAAUUUAUUGACUAAUGAAAUAAUGAGAGUACAAUUUGGUUUUGGCAUUGGACCUUCCAUCUUGGAACUAACAUCUAAUUGGCUAAUUGCAACGUGUGUGCAUUACAUUUGUGGUGGUAACAUUAGCUUCUAUUCAACUUUUCACUUUUGUUGUUUUCCCAUUUUGUUUCUUUAUUUGGUUUGUCUUGUUAUCUCUGAUUACUUGAUUAAUGAUUUUCAUUUUCUUUAUUAUAGUCCAUAAACACGUAGUAAAAUGAACCUACCAUUCAUUUAAUCAUUUUCUUUUUGUACGUAUACCCCUACUCUUUUUCCCGAAAAAAAAAAGAAAAGUAAAUUCAACCUAAUGAAGCUUUAAUCAUUAUUGUCUUUGACUCAUUUCUAAUCCCAUCUCCAAAUAUCAGUAAAAUGGGUAACAAUUUCUGGGCAAAUUACUGUGGAAAUUCAGCCUACCCAUAUGAGAGUUUUGGCACAUUUUUUGCAUCAACACUUAAUACAAAUUCAUGUGUAAACCACAUCAUAGUAAUCUCCAUUGAUUUGUUGCUCAUUUUGUUGUUUUUGUUCAUCAUUUUAUCCACCCCUACUACCAAGAAUACAACUUCUGCAUUCAAAUAUUUUUCUGCUGCUGUAAAUAUUGUUCUGAGUUUAGCAUACUUAAUUCUUGGUUUAUGGGUUUUGGAAGACAAGAUAAGAACUGAAAAGACUGUUUUGCCCCUGAAUGGAUGGCUGGUUCUGCUCUUUCAGGGGUUCACUUGGCUGUUUCUGAGUCUGAUUCUGAGCUUCAGAAGACCAUUUGGUUCACUCUCAACCUUGUUCAAGAUAUGUUUCACUUUUUCUGGAUUAUAUGCUGCAUUUUUGUUUGCAAUUUCUAUUUAUGAAGUAAUUGUUUCUAGGAGAGUGAAACAUGUUAAGCUCAUCUUUGAUAUUUUGUUGCUUCCUGGAGUUAUUCUGUUAUUUUUCUAUGUUUUUAAAGAGCAUAUUAAUAAGCAAGAAUCUGAAUCAGAAUCGAAAGUUUGUUUACAUGAGUCUAGUGUACCUUUGCUUGAUAAUGAAGAUGUUUAUACCUCUGAUGAAAAUCAAAGUCUGUUUUCGAAAGCUGGGUUUUUCAGUAGAAUGUCAUUUUGGUGGUUAAAUCCACUGAUGAAAUUGGGAAAAGAGAAAAUUCUUGAGGAUGAAGAUAUUCCUAAACUUAGGACUGCUGAUCAGGCAGAAACCUGUUAUCGCGAUUUUAUGGAGAAAAUUAGCAAUAGUAAAGAGAAGGGAUCAACUUCAAUUUGUCCUGCUUCCAUAUUUUCCUGGCAAUGGAAUGGCAUAAUGAUUUCUGGGGCUUUUGCAUUGGUUAAGGUGCUUACUUUAUCAACUGGGCCUCUUUUUCUCAAAGCAUUCAUUGAUAUAGCUGAAGGGAAAAGGGUCUUUAAAUAUGAAGGCUAUGCAAUCACUUUUCUGCUUUUAUUCACAAAAUGCUUAGAAUCAUUGUCAGAGAGGCAAUGGUGCUUUAGGACUAGAUUGAUUGGACUCCAGAUAAGAUCGAUGUUAUCUGCAGCUGUUUAUGUCAAGCAAUUCAGACUCUCGAAUGAUGCUAAAACGAGUCACACUCCUGGUGAGAUAGUGAACUAUGUCACGGUUGAUGCUUACAGAAUUGGUGAAUUUCCUUUCUGGUUUCAUCAGAUAUGGACUGUGGUUCUCCAAAUGUGUAUUUCUUUGGUGAUCAUUUACUACUGUGUUGGGAAUGCAACAAUUGCGGCAUUAGUGAUUGUUGUUGUUGCAGUACUUGGAAACUCUCCCUUAGGUAAAUUACAGCAUAAAUAUCAAACAAAGCUUAUGUUAGAACAGGAUAAAAGGUUGGGGGCCAUAACUGAAGCCUUGGUGACAAUGAAGGUGCUGAAGGUUUAUGCCUGGGAAAACCAUUUCAAGAAAGGCAUCGAAAAUUUGAGGGAAAUUGAGUUCAGGUCACUAGCAGCUGUGCUUCUACAGAAAGGGUACUAUAUGAUUCUUUUCUGGUCAUUUCCAAUAUUGAUGUCGAUAGCUACAUUUGGGGCAUGCUGUUUUUUAGGAAUUCCUUUGGAUGCUGGUAAUGUUUUUACAUUUUUAGCUACUUUGAGAAUAGUUCAGGAACCUGUAAGGUUAAUCCCGGAUGUUGCUGGAGCAUAUAUACAAGCAACUGUAUCAUUAGACCGAAUCAUAAGGUUUCUUGAUGCAACUGAAUUGCAAAAUCAACAUAUCCAGCAGAGGAAGAAAGGGAAGGAACUAGAGAAGUCUAUAGAUAUCAGAAGCACAGCAAUUUCAUGGGAUUUUGCACUAAAGCCAACCCUUAGAAAUGUAAAUCUACUUGUUAAACCUGGAGAGAAGGUAGCCAUUUGUGGAGAGGUUGGAGCCGGUAAAUCCACACUCUUUGCAGCCAUUCUUGGAGAAGUUCCAAGCAUUGAUGGCACUGUGCAAGUUUAUGGAAAGCUUGCCUAUGUCUCUCAGACAGCAUGGAUUCAAACUGGGACUAUAAGAGAUAAUAUUCUGUUUGGUUCUUACAUGGAUCAUCAAAGAUAUGAAGAUACACUUAAAAGGUGCUCAUUGUUAAAAGAUAUAGACAUGCUUCCAUGUGGUGAUCUCACAGUAAUUGGGGAAAGAGGAGUUAACCUCAGUGGUGGACAGAAGCAACGAGUGCAACUAGCACGCGCCUUGUAUCAGGAUGCUGAUCUUUACCUCCUGGAUGAUCCAUUCAGCGCUGUUGAUGCUCACACUGCGACUAGUCUAUUCAAUAGAUAUGUCAUGGGAGCUCUGGCAGGAAAGACUGUCCUGCUAGUCACUCACCAAGUUGACUUCCUACCUACAUUUGAUUGUAUAUUGUUGAUGGUUGAAGGUCAGAUUAUAAAGUCAGGCACUUAUGAACAACUGAUGACUUCAAGCCUUGAGUUCCAAAAUCUAGUCAAUGCGCAUAACAACUCAAUGCAGUCUGACAAUUGUAAAGAGAGUAGAUCUCUCCCGAAUCUGAAAAAUGAUGAAAGAGACAACUUCAAUCAGGACAAAGUACAUGCAUCCUUAGGUGAUAAAUUGAUUCAGAAAGAAGAAAGAGAAACAGGAGACAAAGGCUUUAAGCCUUAUAUACAGUACCUUAGUCAUGGAAGAGGUUUCUUAUACUCAUCCUUGGCAAUAUUAGCCCACAUCUUAUUUCUUCUCGGGCAGUCUAUACAAAGUUAUUGGUUGGCCAAUAAUGUUCAAAAUCCUGGUGUUAGUGAAGUGAAAUUCGUGACAGUGUACUCAAUUAUAGGAUGUAGUGUGGGAAUUUUCUUGCUCGUAAGAUCAUUUUCUAUUGUUUCCCUUGGUCUUGACACAUCACGAUCAAUAUUUACUACUUUGCUGAACUCCCUUUUUCGAGCACCAAUGUCCUUUUUUGAUGCCACUCCCCUAGGAAGGAUACUCAGUCGGGUAUCUUCAGACAUAAGUAUCAUUGACCUUGAUGUAGCCAUGAUGGUAAGCAUGGCCCUAGCAUCUACACUAACAGCUUUCUUUAGCUUUGGUAUCCUGGCUAUCGUGACCUGGAAAGUCUUGCUUAUCAUUGUGCCUGUGGUGUAUCUGACUAUACUCUUACAGAAAUACUAUUUUGCAUCAGCAAAAGAGCUGAUGCGAAUCAAUGGAACUACGAAGUCCACAAUAGCAAGCAAUCUUGCAGAGGUCAUUUCGGGAGCCACCACAAUACGAGCUUUUGGCAAGGAAGAUCAAUACUUCUCGAAGGCUGUAGAGCUUAUAGACAACAAUGCCAGCCCUUUCUUUCACAGUUUUUCUUCCAAUGAAUGGCUGAUACAACGCUUGGAGAUGCUAUGUGCAGUUAUUCUCUCAUGCUCCGCUCUUGCACUGACUCUGCUUCCUUUCAGUGAAGCCAACUCUGGAUUUAUUGGGAUGGCACUAUCCUAUGGUCUCUCCUUGAAUAUCUAUCUUGUGAGUUCUGUCCAAAACCAGUGCAUGCUGGCCAACAUGAUAGUUUCAGCCGAAAGGUUGGAGCAGUACAUGCACAUCCCUGAAGAAGCAUGUGAAAUAAUUCAAGAAAAUAGACCUCCUCCUAAUUGGCCUGAUGUAGGGAAAAUUGAAUUCUGUGAAUUGAAGGUUAAAUAUAGACCCAAUGGUCCACUGGUUCUUCAAGGGAUUAACUGCAUCUUUGAAGGUGAUAGCAAGAUUGGGAUCGUUGGGAGAACCGGAAGUGGGAAAACAACCCUUAUCAGCACUUUGUUCCGAUUGGUGGAGCCUUCCGAGGGAAAGAUCAUCAUAGAUGGAAUAGACAUUUGCACCAUUGGGCUUCAUGAUCUUAGAUCUCACCUUAGCAUAAUUCCUCAAGACCCAACACUUUUUAGUGGCUCAGUUCGCCACAAUCUAGACCCAUUGUCACAGCAUACAGACCAAGAGAUCUGGCAGGUUCUUGAGAAGUGUCAUCUCCGAGAAGCUGUUCAGGACAAAGAAGGCGGCCUAAACUCCUCAGUUGUACAAGAUGGAUCAAAUUGGAGCAUGGGACAACGACAAUUAUUUUGUCUAGGACGAGCCUUACUGAAGAGGAGGAAGAUACUAGUUCUAGAUGAAGCUACUGCAUCCAUUGAUAACACCACCGAUGCAAUCCUCCAUAAAACCAUAAGAACAGAAUUUAGUGACAGUACAGUUGUUACAGUGGCACAUAGAAUACCAAGUGUAAUGGACUGCACACGGAUUCUAGCUAUUAGUGACGGGAAAGUAAUAGAGUUCGACGAGCCAGCAAAGCUCAUAAACAAGCAUGAUUCAUUGUUUGGGAAACUCGUUAGGGAGUACUGGUCAUAUGCUGAAAAUGUGAGUAUGUUCAAAGAUCAGCAGUGAGCUUUGUCUAUUAGUUCUAAGUUUCUUGUAACAUUUAGGCAUUAACAGUUUUGAAAAGUUGAUUAACUAACUCAUGAUGUGAUUCAAAAGCUUCAUGAUUAAUGCACACAUAGUUGUCUUUAUGAUUAUAUCUGGAAUUAUAAUUGAAUGAUUUGAAUGUUUACACAAAUGUUUUGA